UUCAGGUCACUAAAAAGGCUUUAACGUUUCUCGAAAAACACGAUUGUGAUAGCCAAUCUUUAGCGGAUUCGAGUACUUCAACAUCGAAAUAAGGAAGGUCUCGAACGGUGGGUCAUAAAUAGCUGCCGGUCAGAUAAUGUGCCUGCACUAGAUAGAUGACAUGAGGUAAGAGAAUAUCAAAACAAGAUAGGUUUGUCACAUGAACUGCCAAGAUCUGUGACGCUUAUUAUCAUUGUUAUUUUUUAAUUAAUUCUUUCUUUUUUCGUUGCGGGGAGAAAACAAAACUUAAAAUGUAAUCAACCGGCGGCCUGAAAUCUCGCAUAUGUCGCAGGCACAAAUCCAUCGAGUACUAUAUUCCAUCAUACUAACAUCUUAUGUAUUUCAUGCUAGCAUGGUGGCUUAAAUUUCUUUUGACCCACAAGAUAUUUUUUUCUUAAUCUAUACAGCUACUUUAUCCAUACUAGCCAGAAGGACCAAUAAACAGGCAACACAAUAGGCACAGAAACCAAACUUGAAGGCCAGGCGAAAUGCAAUAGAAAAUGUAUUAAAUUAUAAGUGCAAUUGCAACAAAAGUUUUGGAGCUGACUUCAAAUAAAUUCAGUCAACUGUUUGAAACGAUUUUUUUCCUGUAGGACCCGUAAUUUCUUCUGUAGAUAGCAAUAGUAUUUUGAGUUACUUUGCCUGUUAUGUAACAUAUCACUUUGUUUCUUCUGUGUCUUUGUGGGUGCGUAGUAUAUUUAUACGCGCGUACGACAGAAUGUACUGACUGUAUUUUAUCAAUGCAUUGUACUAAUUGUUAUCGUGCUCGAGUGUUGUCUUGUCUUCUAUCUCUUAUUGUGUCUUUUAAAAUAAUUUUUCAUACUGCUUGCGCACAGGUACUAAGAUAGCUGUUUUUUUUAAGAACACUGGCAUGAAGCCAUAGUUUUUACGACAGGCUCAGGCCCGAGUUUGUAGGUUCCAUUGACGACGGCAACCUUGGCGGCGAAACAAACAAACAGCAACAGGCGCUAUAAAGGACACGAACAAGGUAGAGCGUGCUCUUAGCUGUGGAGCUUUAGGAAGUGAAAAACAGUUUGAGUCUAGUUGCCAGUGUGGGUUCCCCUGCCCUGCUCUCUGGGUCCUAUUCUAAAGACCAUAAGAAAGUCUGAAAGACUAGAGCUAACCUGAAUCCCACCCAAGAUUUUCAUUAUGUUUGAAGUCUUCUGCUUGAUAUUUCUGAUUCCAUUGGAGGUUCAAGGGGGCGGAGAUACCAAGUGCACGACAACAGAUGGGAACAAUUUAAAGUGCAAAUUCCCAGAGAAUAUCAACUCCACGAGAAAAGACUUUUCAGUAUAUUUUUAUCCCGACACAGGAGUAGAAGAGAAGGUGGUGGACUGUGUAUGGAUCAGCGAGCAGCUGCACUGUAUCAGACAGAAGGGCUUUGAGUGUCAGCAGCCUGUGUCAGACAAUGCUGUCAUUGACGUCCCCACAAGAUUUGUCAACAGAACUGGGAGCUACAGGUGUAACACUAACGGAUACAGGCCUAAAGCCAUCUCAACCUGUCGUUUUAAUGAAACUAAAGGUCAAGAGAAAACAGCAGCUUGUGAGGCGAACAAAACUAUGGGUGGUCCUCAAGUGAUUUUGAACUGCAAAUUUUCUUUCAACGUGGACAGCUUUAGCAUCACACAGAACACAACUGUUGUAGCCCAUUUCUCUAAGUCGGAGUGUCAAAGCUCAUCCAUGGCGUGUAGUCAUGAGUCUGGGAACAGCCAAGACAUGUUCCAUGUGAAGCUGGAUGUUACCCACUACCCACAUGGCGAAUAUACCUGUCACCCGGACUCGUCUUCUCCACAGCUGCAAGUCCAAGGGUGCAUGGUAUAUCAGGACACAGCGAGUGAAAGCCCGUCAUUGCCUGUGGUUGCAGUGGUCUUGCCAGUCAUUUGUGUCUUGUCUGUUGUAUCAGUAGUUGGCAUCGUUCUCAUCAUCAGAAGACGAAGGAAAAACACUAAUAAAAUGGAUGCAGAAGAAGAAACUAAGCAUUUUGAAGUUGUCACGUGACAUGGGCCGCUGUAUUCUUCAUCGCGGCAGCAAUGCUUUGAUAUUGAUGAAGUAUAUGCGGACCACAUCAUCGUUUGAUUUCGUCAAGAUGUCUGGCUUCAAAUCUUGGACACAGUACUCUUUUGGAGUCAUUUGGAUUAAACAAACUGUAGCAAAGGGUUAAAGGAUUGUGACAUUUUCCAUCUUUGUCUUUUUACUGUAACAGUUUUGAUACAUUGAAUCUGAUUAUCUUGAUGACCUUUACUUGCAUGUUUAAAAAGAGUGCCCUUUUCUAAUGAUAAGGUAUCUUUAUCUAUUUAUUUAGUCUAUUCAUUGAGUCUAUGACUAUGGGGAGACAGACAGCGAUUGUAGUGUUUGAGGUGGUCGUUUUAUUUCGGCAGCAAUGUUUUGAUAUUUUAACGGCCAUACGGACAAUAAAAGCACCUGUUUCUUUUAUUGUGUUAUUCUUAGUAAAUAUAACACUGUUUUCCCAAGUAAAGGUUUUUCAAUGAGUACAAGAAAACUGAAUAUUGUUACUAGUUCUAUAACUAAAGAAGUUUUCGUUUGCAUCAUUCAAGAUGGCGUUUCAUUUACAUCAGAAGUUUGUUGCAUCUCUUUUCAUUUGAGAUCUUCUUCUGACUAGCAAACAUUUUAAAAACAAAGUCCCAGUGACUUAUAUAAGAAAAGUAAAUGUUUAAAGAUAAUUCUCAGGAAUCGAAGCAUUAAACGCUACUUGUUCGUCUUUUCUUGCAAAGUUUUCUUAUUUCGAUUUCAAGAAAGGAAGGUUACAAGUAGCAUGAAAUAGCCUCGUUCUUCCUAUAGAUCAAUGACACUAUAUUAAUAAAAUUGAGUUAAUCAGAAUAUUGUGAAUUAUGUUCUUGUUACUUAAUCCAAACCAAGAUUAUGGCUUACGAGGACAUUUGAAAUCGUGUGCUGAUUAAGACAAAAGAAAUGGUAUCCAGUGAACUUGAUUAAAACAUUCUAUCAAACAUUUUCUGACUUAUUGUAU